AUGGCCAAUUCCUCUAAUACUGUUCAAACGACGACAAAGUUUGUCAUCGACGACAAUUUGAAACAUUUGAUAAAUUCCCACCUGGAAUUAUCCCAAUCGGUCAAAGACACUCUACUACAACGGCAAUGGAUCUCCCUCAACGAUACUAAAGCUUUAGUGAUUUCCUCAGCCACAACUGACAUCUCAGCCAUACCCAAAAUACUCUCUUCUUUGAAAUUCUACUUCCCUCCAAAACCCAAGACCGUGCAAACUCCGGAAUUCCAACGCCAGCUUCAGCGAUUACGUAACCUUGAAGAAGAAAGACGGUAUCAAGAAAUGGCGUAUUCUGAUAAAACCACGAUCUACGAUAAAUCGCUUUCGAUCCAUCAGGACACCCGGCUACGAUUAGAUGGAGGAGAGGAUGAUGAUGUAUCUUUAUCGCCUAGUCAGUUUUCCAAACAGGUGAAAGAACAAAUGACGACGAUUCUUAAUAUUUUAAUCACUGCAGGGUCAGUGGCCUUUGCGGUGUGGUAUUGGACAAAAACUUCGAUGACCAACGUGAGUAUUAGCACUAGAGUGUUUUUAAGUAUGGCGUUUGGGUUUUUGGUGCUAGUUGCCGAAGUGGUGGUGUAUAAUGGGUAUUUGAGAAGAAUGGACGAUGCUAAACAAACUGAACGACGGAAAAAGGAAAAAAAGAAGGUUGUGAAAACAAUUACGAUUAAAGGAGGUGAAGUGAUUGAAACAGAUGUUGUGCAGGAGAAAGAAAAAAAUGUCGGAAAGCACAAGGAAAACCCUGGGAAGCAAAAGAAAGUCAAAAAUGAUUAG